AUGAGCAAGUUUGUUUCAACAAGGGUGCCAGACGCUCCUGAGGAGCAUAUCUCUCAGGAGGAGAAAGCCGAGCUGGAAUUCGGUACUCUGACUUCCAAGGAUUAUUUGUAUUCUGUUCAUUACGAUCCAACUCGACCACUGAACCCGGCCGUGGAUGAACCUCCAUAUUUCAUUGUGAUCUUCACCUACCUCAACUACUUAAUUCUGAUUAUCAUCGGCCACCUCAAAGACUUCUUUGGCAAACGAUUCAUGCCUCAAUAUUUCGAAGCCGUGCUACCGAAAAACGGAUAUCCUCCGUGGUAUUCGGCUUUUGAGUCUUUCUAUCCACGUCGUUUGAAAAAGAGACUUGAUGACUGCUUUUCCCGGCCAAUUUGCGGCGUUCCCGGCCGCUUUGUCAGAUGUUUCGAUCGUAUUUCUCCAGACUACAACGAAUCGUUCCUCUACAGUGGAGAAUUGAAAUCUCUUCUUAAUCUAUCUUCUUACAACUACCUCGGAUUUGCACAGUCUGUUGGUUGUUGCACAGAUGCUUCCAUCAAAUCUUUGGAAAAAUACGGUACCUCCUCGUACGGCCCAAGAACCCAGAUUGGUACCAGCGAUCUCCAAAUAGAAACCGAGAAACUCGUCGCCAAGUUUGUUGGAAAGGACGACUCCUUGAUGUUUGCCAUGGGUUACGGAACAAACGCCAAUUUGUUCACCUCGUUGGUCAACUCAAAGUGUUUGGUCAUCUCUGACGCGUUGAACCACAGUUCUAUUAGAUUUGGAAUUCGUCUUUCCGGUGCUGCAGUUAAAGUUUUUCCUCAUAAUGACAUGAAAGCCCUUGAAAAGAUACUCAGAGAAUCUAUUUCGCAAGGACAAUCAAAGACUCACCGUCCAUGGAAGAAAAUCUUGGUCUGUGUGGAAGGAUUGUAUUCCAUGGAAGGAGACUUGUGUGACCUUCCUGCCUUGGUGGCUCUGAGAGACAAGUACAAGUUUUAUCUGUUUAUGGAUGAGGCUCACUCUAUUGGUGCUAUGGGAAAAAGCGGAAAAGGUAUUUGUGAUUACUUUGGCAUCUCUCCAUCCAAAGUGGACAUGUUGAUGGGUACUUUCACCAAAUCUUUUGGAGCAGCUGGUGGUUACGUUGCUGCUAACCAAGACAUUAUCGACCGACUCAGGCUGGAUAUCAGUACAAACGUCUAUGGAGAAUCGAUGCCUCCUGCGGUUGUGACUCAAAUUAAUACUUCAUUGCGGGUUCUGAUCGGUGAACUUAACGGCGAUGAAGGAAAGGAAAGAUUGCAAAGAAUUGCGUUCAAUUCGAGAUACCUGCGUUUGGGAUUGAAACGGCUUGGAUUCAUUGUGUAUGGUGUUGAUGAUUCGCCUGUGAUCCCGUUAUUAUUAUAUGCUCCACCAAAAAUGCCAGCCUUCAGCAGAAUGAUGUAUGAGAGAGGUGUUGCUGUGGUGGUUGUCGGAUACCCUGCUACAGAGUUAAUUUCUUCGCGUGUCAGACUAUGUGUUUCUGCUUCGUUGACGAAGGAGGAUAUCGACAAGAUUUUGACCAUCUGUGACGAGAUCGGGGACAAAUUAUACCUCAAGUUCAGCUCGGGAAUAUCUGGCGGAGAAAAGAAUCCUGGAGAUUACGAGAAGGGAAUUGCUCCUCGGUGGAGUCUCCAAGAAGUUCUGGAGCGCACUCCUGAGGACUGCAAGAAAUAA